AUGGCGGACAAAUCACUCAAAUCCACCUGCCAUUGUGGCGCCAUCACCGUGAUCGUGCCUCAUCAACCAGAGGAAAUCAACGAAUGUCAAUGUACAAUCUGUCGGCGCUAUGCAGCCGCUUGGGCUUACUACAAAGUGAAUGAAAUCAAAUGGGAAAUGAAGGAAGGCGCCAAACUCUCCCAGUACAUUUGGGGAGAUAGAGAUAUCUCAUUCAAAUUUUGUAAGAAUUGCGGAUGCGUAUGCUAUUGGUGGCCAUUUGAAGAAAAGAAGCCAGACGGCAGUGCAGUUGAUUUCGGUGUUAAUACGAGGAAUAUGGAUCCCAUGCAAAUCUUGCACGUCAACCGCAGGAUUGAAAAAGCCAUGUUGUUCCAGCCACUCAAUGAUAAAACCAUGGCGCAUGAGCAAGAUCGAGCCAGGUACUGA